AUGACGCUAUGUGAAAAUUUUGAGGCACCCCUGAGGAAGCCAGAAGGCAUCCUGCUUGAGAAAGUCUGCAUCUUGUACAGCCCUGCUGUUAAUGGUGAUGGAAAGGAUGGAGAGAUUCUUCCUCCAACAAUUCAGAAACUAAUGAAAGGAUACAACAAAUACCUGCGCCCUUUUUUUGACAAUGGGCCAGUAACAGUCGGUAUGAGUUUGGAUAUUGCCAGCAUUGACACAAUAUCAGAAAUUAACAUGGAUUACACAGCGACCAUCUUCCUGAGGCAGCGCUGGACAGAUGAAAGACUUAUCUUCGAAGGAAACAAGAGCCUAAGUUUAGAUGGCCGUCUGGUGGAAUUAUUGUGGGUCCCUGAUACAUUUAUAGUGGACUCCAAAAAGUCAUUUCUUCAUGACAUCACUGUGGAAAACCGCCUCAUCCGGAUUUACCCCAAUGGGACUGUUCUUUAUGCUUUAAGGAUAACGACUACUGUAGCAUGCAGCAUGGACUUAACGAAAUAUCCCAUGGAUAAACAAACCUGCACGCUGCAACUUGAAAGCUGGGGCUAUAACAUAAAUGACGUCAUGUUCUACUGGACACGAGGAAACGACUCGGUGCGAGGUCUGAACACACUUCGUCUGGCACAGUAUACUGUAGAAGAUCACUACACCUCGGUAUCAGAAGCUGUGUAUGAAACAGGGAGAUACCCAAAGCUGGUAUUUCAUUUUGAUCUGAAAAGAAACAUCCUGUAUUUCAUUCUGGAGACCUAUGUACCAUCAAUCCUUCUGGUUGUACUCUCGUGGGUAUCGUUUUGGAUCAGCCAAUCAUCUGUACCUGCAAGAAUUUGCAUAGGAGUUACUACUGUUCUUACAAUGACCACACUUAUGAUGGGUGCCAGGACCUCUCUCCCCAAUGCCAACUGUUUCAUUAAAGCAAUUGACGUCUACCUCGGAAUUUGUUUCAGCUUUAUAUUUGGCGCACUUCUGGAGUAUGCAAUUGCCCAUUUCUGUACUUUUCAACGCCUAGAUCAAAGAAAAGCUGCCCAGAAGGACCUUGAAGAAGAAGAAGAGAUUGAUAUGAAUGGAACCAUUGCAGCUGUUUCCAGUGGAGAGAAAACCCAAAGUGAAGUUGACAGCAAGAGAAAAGAAAAAAGCCGAUCUGCCUGGUCUCCUAUAAAGAGACUCCUGUGUAUUUUCUAUUGCUUCCGAGUUGAAAACCCCCAUCAGAUAGACAAUUAUUCCAGACUCUCCUUUCCACUGAGCUUUAUCAUUGUAAAUAUUUUUUACUGGGUGUACUAUCUGUAUUUCUAA